UAGGAGUCAAAUUAAUAUUUCAAAUUCAAGAGAAUAAUGGGCUCUGAAGAAUUUGCCAAUUGCUCAUACAGGAUUUAUGAACCUUCGUGCAAAAGGAUUGAAGAUGAAGGCGAAGUUACUUUUUCCAUUGAUGUUAAGGGUUACACCAAAUCACAGCUACAUGUGAAGCCCGUAAAGGGAAAGUUGCUAAUAUGGGGAGAACGGCACGUGGGGGAAAUGAGCCUUCGCAAAAUCAUCAAACUUGAAAGGCGUUUGAAGAAUUCACAAAUUCGCGCUACCAUGGCUACCAAUGACAGCCUUGAGAUUAUAAUCAAGAAGCCAGCAAGAAAAGGACCUGUUUGUCUGAGGUGAAGAAUUGCUUUUCCACUCUCAAUUCCAAGUUCAAGGAAUUCAAUUCCAUCUUCAAAGCACAUGGCCAUUUGGCUUACCGAUUGGCCGUCCUCACUUUGUUGCUCAUUCUGAUCGCUGUGAUGAUCAAAUGUUCAUGUAGCAAUACACAUUUGUUCAGUGAGAGCCUCCCAAGGCUCAAAUGAAUUAAUCAAAUUAAACUGUUAGUUCACCGUGCGUAUAAAAUUUGCAAAAAAAAUGAAUAAAAACUUUAAGAAGUAUACUAAUUACUUUUAUAUUGGUGGGA